CUGUGGUCCACUGAGCAAAUGCAAAUUACCUGAAUCAGGCUGCCGGUGACUCACCGGCUCCCCUUUAAAGCAACUUGGGCUCAGGGCAGUGACUGCUCAGGGUGGAAAGCCAUGGCUCACCAACUCCGCUUCGCCUGCCGGCUAUUGGUCUGCUGGGUGGUGGUAACCGUGACAGAAGGACAAAAAGCAGUAGCCACCCCUCUUAGAGGCUCACAAGAUGAUGGAGGCCCUACAGACUGCGAGAUCUUUACACUCACCCCUCCACCCACCAUAAGGAACCCGGUGACAAGGAUUCAGCUCGUCCCAAGGACACCCAAGUGUCCCUUUCACUUUUUUCCACAAGGGCCUAGAGUCCACAUUAGGUUUCCAAACAGACCUUUCCUUCCUCGGAAGUGCAAUCGUCGUUUUCAGUUUCGUCCGUUCUUUUGGCCACACAGUCGCCUCACUCCUCAUUUAAGAUACUUCCCCAGAAGAAAACUGUGGAGAGGAAGCUCCUCUGAAGAAAGCAGAGAGAAAAGAGAAGCCCCAAACAUGCUGAUGCAAAAGAGGCCAAUACCUCCGAAAAGAGAUUAAAAACAUUCCUGCUUUCUUUUUCCAAACUAAAGUGAUUGGAGUUGAACAUGAAGUAUCUUAAACACCACAGACUAGAAAUCGUUCUUAAUGUCUGCAGGGAAGAUAUCGGCUUACAGGAUAUUCAUGUUUGCCAGAUAGGAGCGAUAACUACAUUACUCUUAUCCCCAACUUUUUAAGAUCUCAGGAUAUUCAUGCAAAUAAAAUCCUAAAGUGGGUGGUUCCAAGAAUUCCUGUACAGACUGCAAUGCCAGGAGAAUCAGCUCUCUCUUCUAAAUUAAAGUGAAAGCAUUUAAACAAAUCGAUAUAAACCAAAUGAAGACAUUAAUGACACCCUUUUUACUCACUGGAAAACUUACAGAGCGAAGCGCAUUUACAAAGUGAACUGUAAAGGAAAUUAUAGAAAACUGAAAGUUUAAUGUUAUUCUUAUUCUAUUCUCUGUUUGGCCAUAGUGUAAAUAGUGGCUACUUAUUCAUUUAUCUUUUACCGAGGUGUAAUUGACAUGACAUUAUAUUAGUUUCAGAUGUACAAUGUAAUGAUUCCAUAUUUGUAUAUAUUGCAAAAAAUCACAAUAAGUCCAGUUAACAACCAUUACCAUACAAGUUAUGAUUUUUUUUUCUUACAAUGAGAACUUUCAGGAUCCACUCAGUUUUCUAAUGACAACGACAAAAGAAUUAUAAUCAUUAAAGCAAAACAAAGUUAUGGGGCAUCUAAGAUAAUACCUUGAAGAUAUCAAAAACUAAAUUACCUAACUUAAAAAACUAUUUUUAACUGUAAUAUCUAAAGUUACUUUUAUGUUGACUUUUUAAGCAACCAGUGCAAAUUAGUUUGAUAAGUAUCUCACUGUUUCUCACCUUAUCAUCAUAUGGAUACUAGCUUAGAUUGCUUAUUAUUUAUUUCCCCUAGAACUUUCAGUAAGGUUCCAGACUCAAAGUCUGAUUAAAAGUUUACAUGGAUGAUUUCACUCAUAUGUGGAAUUUAAGAAACACAGCAGAUGAACAUAGGGGAAGGGAAGGAAAAAUAUGAUAAAAACAGAGAGGGAGGCAAACCAUAAGAGACUCCUAAAUACAGAGAACAAACUGAGGGUUGUUGGAGGGGCAUUGGGUGGGGGGAUGCGCUACAUGAGUGAUGGACAUUAAGGAGGGCACUUAUUGGGAUGAACACUGGGUGUUACAUCCAAGAAAUGAAUCACUAAAUUCUACUCCUGAAACCGUUAUUACACUAUAUGUUAACUUGGAUUUAAAUAAAAUUAAAAAAAAAAUUUUUUUAAGUUUACAUGGAUGUUCUUGUAACUCUAGAGCUCCAAAGACAUAAGUUGAGUCAACUAUAGGAAGCUGAGCAUGCAACAGGAGUUAACAAAUCCCACCGCUUGCAUUCAUUGGGCAUUACUGUAGCCAUUCUGUAAAUACUGCCUCCUGUCUGUGCCACUCACCUUGCCUGUAACAUAGGAACUUGACUUUUGCAAAUGUGGUCAAGGGCUUACACCUGUUCCUCCCAAGAAGUGCGUGCAAAAGUUGCUGCUGCUGCCACUGCUUUUACAAAGGAAAAAAAAAAGAACAUAAAGACAUGAGGUCGCUGGGAGUGUUGCCUGGGAAAGGAAGAGACAGAGAAAUUCAUCGUACUGUUCUUCUUUGCUAUGUGAAAAGAUAAAAAGGAAAAAAAAAUUCCUUCACUCACUUCCUAGCAAAUUUUCUUAUAGGAACAGAUAUUUGCUUCAAAAGUAUGAGCUUAAAUAAAAACUAUAUUUGAAAUCUUAAGAAACUCUGUAUUUUGUAAUAAACUGGCUGUCUC